AUGAUAAAAAUUUCUGGACUUAAGUUGGAACUAGAAGAGAUGGAUAUACCGCAUUUUGACUUGAAACCAACAGCUGUGCAGAAGACAGUUGAUCCACUCGUCGAUGUAGGCCAUUUGAUAAUUGUUGAUCGAGACAAUAUUGAGGGCGAUGUCAGGGAAAACCUCUUGUCACGAGCGCGAAAAAAUGCUCAAUAUCUUUUCAACAAAAUUUGGGAGUUGAAUCGGAAACGCGUGGAAGAAGCGGUCAUGGCUGAGCUUCCUAAGUCAUCUUUCAUAUUACCUAGAGAGAAGAAGCUUCCCGAGAAAAAGGAACCAACAAAAUGGGAGAAGUACGCUGCUGCUAAGGGAAUUACUAAGAGAAAGAAAUGCAAGAAAGUAUUUGAUGAUACGACUAAGGAAUGGAAACCGACAUACGGCUACAAAAGAGGCAAUGAUAACACCAAAGAUUGGCUAAUUGAAAUCCCGGAAGGGGCUGAUCCUAACAAAGAUUACUUCGGUGAACGAGCAGAAAAGAAAAAGGAACGUAUUGCUAAAAAUGAGACACAGCGUUUGAAAAACUUGGCUCGCCAGAUGGGGUCUACCUUGAGGAAAGGACCUUCAAUGGAUGCGAAUAUUGGUGUUGGUGUCGCUCCAGAGGAGAAGUCCAAGGAGCAUCUCCGAUUUGCUGUUGACCGAGCAAGGGCAGCAACCGCCUCUGCAGGAAAAUACCAACGUUUGGCAAAAGGAGAAAAGGAAAACGUUAAAACGGGAAAGAAGCGCAAGUUCUUGCCCAACGAGGCUGGUGGUGAGAAGCAACAUGCUUUGAAAAUCUGGGAGAAGUUGAAGAGCAAAAAGGCUAAAGUUAUAGAAGAGAAGGCUGCUGCGAUAGCUGGACCUGCCAAGCAAGAAAACAAACAGAAGAAAGGAAACAAACCAAUGAGACAGAAGAGUCAAAUACAUCGUCAGCAGUGGUUCAAGAACAAGAAAUCAGAAAAUAAGAAAAAACGAGGAAAUGUUAAGAAAAAUAAGUAG